CUUUUUUAUUACUUAUUCCACCUAUAAAAAUUCAGAGUACCGGCUCUUCGUAAGCAGUAGUGCAUUAAAAAUAACGAAAUCUGUAUCAUGUCUCUAACUGGAUCACUUAUUGCUGUUGUCAUCUUGCAGUCAUACAGUAUUCAAUCUGCUGAAUUCGAUCGGGUUCGCCGUGACAAUCCAGUGGACGAAAUGAAAACAAUGGCAGCGAUGGGGAUAGGAAUGGCACAAAAUGCUGCAAAGGAUAUGAUGGAUGGUAUGAAACAAGGAGUAUCCUUGCAGAGUUCAAAGAAAGUUGAAAUGUUCGGCAGUGGAAUUGUAUACAACCACAGUAUGAGUAUCGGAGGAAGUGCUAGUUCGUCCGAGUCAUCGGAAGAAAACGGUCGUAGGCGCCGUUCCUUUAGUGAGGUAUAUAAGAACUUCGAAACCAGAAUGUAUCGUAAAAGACGACAGGUCAUGGAUCGAUCUGAUGCCGCUUCUAGCAAUACUACUAGUCCUGAUACCAAAAGUUCGAUAAAAUAUUUCCUUCGUCAAAUGGGCGAAGCUUGGAGGGAGAUUGUAAUGCAAAUUAGGAAGUGGAUCGAAGGAACAACAAAUUCAAACUGAACACUGAAGCAAACUGUCACAUUUAUUUCGGUUGGCUUUGUAAUGAUAAAAAUGAAUUUCUACCUUACACUUUUAAGGUUUUGCGUAAAAACUUUAUUAAAACAAGUUUAAUCUCA